CUGCAUCGUCCAACUUCCAAAAUGCCUCCGAUACCAUAUCGUACCUACGUCCGAGGCCAUCCCGGCUCAACCCAAGAGGAGAUUGACAAUGAGCCUGACUGGAGCUCAAGCAAGUAUAAGCACCACAUUGGCUAUCGCGACCGAUAUGAUCGUGUUCCUGGACUCGUACACAGCGGCGAUGAUUCCGAUAGCGAGGACAGUCAAGACUCUUUCCUCAAGGAGGCUGCAGAAGAGUCCGAUGACUACUCUCUCGAGGAGCCGGAAGAACAUCCCAAUGGCUGGCGUUACCGACUCAAUGAAUCCGAAGACUUCAUCAAGAAUCAACAACCAUGGCCCGCUAACCUGAAACGCCAGAAGCAGAAGGAGGAGCAAGAAAAGGAGGACAAAGAGAAGAAAGAACAAGAGGAAAAGCAGGAACAAGAGCAUGAAUGGAAAGCUGGCGAUCUCAACCACACAAUGACGCUUAUGCCUCGAGCGGCGGACAAGAUGACUCGAAGGACACCAAACAGGAUGGGNGACAAACAGGACAGCAAGAACGACCAGAAGGACUCCAAUAAGGAUGACUCCCAGACCGAUCAAGCAGAUUCAGAUGAGCAGAAAGAUGACAAACCAAAGUCCGAAUACGAAAAACUGCGAGAAAAUCUGCAACAAGAGAAGAAGAUUGUCGAGAGCCUCAAGCAAAGCGAUGGCAAGAUGAAGUCUCCCUGGGCACACCUCGCACCCUCUGAUGUGAUUGAUGAUGCCGACCGCGCCAGCCCGGACAACUGGAUCCCGCGAAACUCGAACAUGAUCCGUCUCACGGGCAAGCACCCUCUGAAUUGCGAAUAUCCACUCUCAGACCUCUUUGAAACAGGUCUGAUCACUCCCAAUCGCCUGCAUUACGUGCGGAACCAUGGACCUGUACCACAUCUCUUGUGGGAGACGCACAAACUGGACAUCGAGAACGGAAAGUGUGAAUUCAGUAUGGACGACCUCGAGACCAAGUUCGAAAGCGUCAACAUUGCAGUCGCACUAGCUUGUGACGGCAACAGACGCAAAGAACUGAACAUGAUCAAAAGAUCAAAGGGUUUCAACUGGGGCGCUGGAGCCAUUAGCAAUGCUUUCUGGAAAGGUGCGCUUUUGUCCGAUGUCUUGAAAGCCGCUGGAAUCGAUUAUCCUACCAACGGAUCUGGAGUCAGAAGAUGGGUCAAUUUUGCAGGUGCGGAUGAGCCAUCGGAAGGUACUUAUGAGACAUGUAUUCCGUACGAGUAUGCUAUGGAUCCGGUUAAUGAUGUUCUGCUGGCUUAUGAGAUGAACGACGUCAAGUUGCCUCCUGACCAUGGAUAUCCUCUACGAGUCAUUAUCCCUGGAUAUGUUGGAGGUAGGCAAGUGAAAUGGCUAAAGAAGAUCUGGACAAGCGAAAAGGAAAAUGACAGUCACUACCAUAUCUGGGACAAUCGCGUGUUGCCUGCAUUCGUCACAGAGAAAGAUGGUGAAUUCUCUGAAACCCUCUUCCGCCACCCGGACACGGCGUGCAACGAGCAAAACUUGAAUUCAGUUAUCGCCAAACCUGGACACGGUGAGCGCAUUGAAGUAUCUGAUGUCAAGAAGGGCCAUACAUAUCGCAUUGCUGGCUAUGCUUAUGAUGGAGGUGGUCACGAGGUGCAGCGAGUCGAAGUCAGUCUCGACAACGGUGAGACGUGGCUGUACUGUAUCAGACAAUUCCCUGAAGCACCGGUCAGACAUGGUCAGAAGUACUGGACCUGGAUCCACUGGUACAUUGACAUCGAACUUGCGCACUUGCUUCGUGCCCCCAGUAUCACCGUGCGGUGCUUUAAUGUCUUCAAGAAUACUCAGCCAGAGUUUGGCUCAUGGAACGUUAUGGGGAUGAUGAACAACGGCUGGUACAAGGUCAAACCUGAGAUCACUGAAGGCAAGGAUGGUAACAUUGAGGUUCUAUUCCGCCAUCCAGUCGAGCCAGGCACUGGUACUGGUGGAUGGNUGGAGCCCAGCGCGGACGAGAAGAUCGCCAGCGCAAAGCAGAGUGCAAGUACACCUCAGAAACAAUUCACUAGAGAAGAAAUCGAGAAGCACGACACAGAAGAUGACUGCUGGAUUGUGGUUGAUGGCAACGUCUACGAUGCGACUUCGGUACUGGAUUGGCAUCCCGGAGGCAAAGCGACCAUUAUGAACCAUGCUGGCAAGUUGUCUCAAGAGACUUCAGAGAGCUUCGAGUCCAUCCAUGAUGAAUGUAUUCUCGGUACGGUAACGGACAAGGCAAAGGCACACAUGAAGAAAGAAGCAGAAGCCGUAGCGAAAGCCAAAGCAGAAGCUUCGAACAAGAAGACUGAUGUCGUCCUCUCCAUGCAGCAGUAUGUUUCUCCUUACCAGCAUCCUGUACCGAUAUUCGCGAAGACUAACCACAAUCAACAGANNUGGUAUCCCGUGACCCUUCAGAAGAAGAAAGAGAUUUCCGAAGACACUCGCCAAUACACCUUCAGCCUCGGCGACAAAUCCAAGAAGCUCGGCCUUGGUACUUGCCAACACUUGCAGAUCGGAUUUCACAUGGCCGACAAGAUGCUUGUUCGCUCCUACACUCCUACUGCUCCCAUCAUCGGCGCGGAUACUGAGGACGGCACUUUCGACCUUGUCGUCAAGACUUAUUUCCCUACCGACGAACAACCCGACGAGUCUUCCAUCUUAUUGCGCGAGGAUUUGGACAAAUUCGCCAAAGAGCACAAGGACAGCUUUGAAAUCCAGCAUAUCCUCAGUCAUCCCUCAGAUGACUGGAAAGGUGAGAAGGGACAUGUGGAUGAAGACAAGAUCAAGAAGUACGGUUAUGCGCCUGAAAAGGAGAGCGGCAAGAAGAAUGUUGUGUUCUUGUGUGGUCCUCCAGCCAUGAUCCAGAAGGCCGCUAUGCCUGCAUUACGCGACUGG